UGACAAAGUGAGAAAGUCGUCUGGAGUAAGAAGAGCAGACCUGGAAGGCAGAUACAUAACACUGUUUCUUUCUUUCUUUUAUCUUUCUUUCUUUCUUUCUCAUUUCCAGUUUUUGGAAAGGCAGAGACCUAGAGGAAGCAUGUACCAGUCGGUGAAUAUGUGUGUGUGGAUGAAAACUUUGUAGAAGAGGAGGGAAAACAUCAGUAAGGCAGGAUGGGAGUGAAAGGAAGAGCCGCCUUGGCUAUCAUCUUCAUCGUCAUCUUACUUUUCACUAUAUGGCUUUAUGGUAAUUUGGAUCAUUGCUGGGACUACUGCCUAAAGAAUUCCAUUAAGAAAGAUCAGGCUAUCAGCUUGCAGGGGAAUAACACCACAGUGCAAGAUGUUAAAUCUCCACUGAAGAUGUGUCCAGGACAGAAAUUCCAGGUUUCCUAUUUGAUGAUGCAUCUGCAGGCUGCGCCCGUCUCAACCGAUGAUGUUUUGCUAGAGCCGUACCUAGCCAGCUGGGAUGAGCUGAUCAAGUUCAUGGACACCCUUGGACCAAUGGUGGGUGUAAUCUCCCAGGAAAUUGAGGCGAAAACCUCCAUUAUCCGCAAGCUUGCCAAAAAAGAGAAGGAAGAAACUCAGUUAGCGAAUGGCUCAGCCUCACAUGGUGCAUAUGAUUCGGUGCGCUCCAUGAUCACAUCAGAGCUGGAGCAGGGUUUGGUGGACUUUCAUCAGUUUACGGAAUCGGGUUGCAGGACUCUACUGCGCCUCCAUCGCGCUCUCCUUUGGUUGCAGCUCUUUCUACACAACCUUGCUGACGAAAGGAAGGACAUGAUGGGCCGCAGCCCAUCCGAGCUCUGUCGAGAGGCUUAUCGGGGCACGUUGGCUCGGCAUCAUUCAUGGUGGGUGAGGCAGGCUGCAGAGUUGGCAUUCAUAGCCAUGCCUGAAAGACAGUUCUUCUACAAACUGAUGUGUGUGAAGACGCAAACGGAGGCAGCGGCUUUGCUAAACAGAGUGGUCAAUGCUAUACAUAAAGUGUAUAACAGGACUCAAGAGGCAUUGCAGGAACACUCUAUGCUUUCACUACCAUAAAAAAAAAAUGGAGUGUGGACGUACUGGUGGCAUAAUAACGUGUCCAGUAAAUGCAUGCAGUGUUGGCCAUCCAUACAGAUUCACAGCACUUUCGUGAUGUCAUGAUAUACUGUAACGUCAUAGGAUGCUAGCAAUUAUGCCAUAAGGACAGACAGCAUGCUAGCAUUACCGUAAGGAUGCACAGCAUGCUAAAAGUACCAUAAGGACACACAGCAGGCUAGCAAUACAAUGAGGACAAACACCAGAAGGGCAGGCGCAUGCUAGCAAUGCCAUAAGGAGCCAAAACAUGCUAGCACAAUCCUUAUGGUGUUUCUAGCAUCCUAUUGGUCCCUAUGGUAUUGUUAGCAUGCUGUGAAGCUAGUGAUAAUCUAAGGAUGUACACUGUGCUAGCAAUGCCAUAAGCACGCUAGCUAGGAUUAGAUGACACGCACAAGGCUAGAAAACCAAAAGCAAGCUAGCAGUUGCGUAAGCACGCAUAAGAGCUGAAAGAGGUUCAAAUGGAAGGUGUUGCCAUGUGUAACACUAAAGUGGCCCAUAUUAGGAUUAAUCCUAGCUGAGUCAGUGUGUAGUAAAUUUUUGGCAGACCCCUUUUUUUUGCCGUCAAGAUUGUAAAAGGUGUGGUGUUUUUCAAUUAGGUCACUGUUUUAUCAUAGAAUGGGUUACGACACAAAAAUCCGUUAAGGCCAGUUGGACUCUGGCCUGAGCGAAACAGAAACACAGAUAAACUCAAUCAUCACUCUACAAUACUGUUAAUGCUAUAAACAGGUAUCACAUUUUGUUAGUACCAGUCUCAAACAGGUACCAAAGGCCAUACAACUUCAACCGUUGGACCAACCUGCGAUUACAAACAAACACUAUAUGGACAAAAGUAUUUAAACCUGCAGUAGCAUUGUAUCCAAAUACAUAUACUUCAAUAUAGAGUCAGUCCCCCUUUUGCAGCUACAGUAGAACAGCUUCCACUCUUCUUGGUUGGAUGUCCAUAAGAUUUUGGGGUGUUUUUGUGAGGAUUCGUGCUGUAGAGCAUUUAUGAGGUCAGGCACUGAUGUUAGACGAGAAGGUCUGGCUCUUCGCAGUCUCAUUCCAGUUCAUCCCAAAGGUGCUCGAUAGGGUUGAGGUCAGGGCUCGGUGUUAGGGCCAUUCAAGUUCUUCCACACGGAACUCAUCAAACCAUCUCUUUAUAGUCCUUGCUUUGUGCACUGUGGUACAGAUAAGUUGGAAUGAAAAAGGGCCUUUUUCAAACUGUUGGCACAAGCUUGGAAGCAUAGUAUUGUCCAAGAUGUCUUGGUAUACUGAAUCAUUAAGAUUGCCCUUCACUGGGGAUAAGGUGCCAGACUGAAACACCUGAAU